ACGACCGGAAGUGGAGGACAGCACUCACGAAAGGAGGUCCCCGCAAGUGUUCACGGUCUACCUGCCUAUUGUGCAAACUUCAAGUAAAGCUGUACGGCACCCAGCGGGCGGUUUGAGCGUGGAUAACUGUGAAAGAUAUGGUUGAUGAGCAUCAAGACGUCCAUCAUCUAGCUGAACAACUAAAGAAACAGAAGAUGUCAGGAAGAAGACACAGAUACCACCACCAACAAGACCAGAAAAGGGUCUACCACGUUCUCACGCCGGAAGCCACAAUCGGCAAUGCUCCCUACACCUCCCCAAACAACCACGUCACUUCCACUGGCUCAGACGAGGAGGACUGCAUCACACCGACUAACGGGAGAGUGCUGACCAUGGACGAGGAACAUAAGGAAAUCUCUCGGCUGCUGUACGCACUGCGAGCCGCGACCGUCAAGGAGAAGACACGGUCCAUGGUGGCACAUCAACGGGCUGCAUCGAACUAUGCAUCCAGGAUCGACAGGCCCGUAUCCGACUUCGUACCGACCAGGCACGCCAGCCUUCCGCGGGUCACCGAGCACCCUACAUCCGCCGGCACCAUCAAGACCAGCUCCAUGCCUCACUACUACAAGAAACGGCAGCAGCAGGAGGUCGAUGACCUCACCACGUCACGGGAGGACCUGAACAGAUCUCUGAAGGCUCUUGAAGACUCCUGCAAGGAUCUACACCGACUGACGUCAUCGACGUCAUCACCGGAUCAUCAACCGAUCAUCAGGGACAGGGCAGCCUCUUUCGAUCCACGGUCCUUAGUCAAAAAGCGGAAGAACAAGUUGAGUGUUCCAGUCCAACGAAGCAAGUCUCAGCGUUCACCUCAGCGAAAGAAGCAAGCAAAGGAAUUCGACCUCCAAAUAAGUGAAUCUAGUCUAUGGAGACGAAGGAGGAAACCCUCACGACCGUCCCCAAUCGGAGCAGAAGAUCCAGAUGCAUUCCUGUAUGAAUCCCCAAAGUCAAAGAAAAGACUUUCAUCCCCAUUCGACUUCUGGAGGCGAAGUGGACACAAUCACAUGGACAAAGUCAGAAAGCCUGAAAAGUGCCAUGCCUGCAGGCGCAUUCUCACUGAGAGCUUUGUGGAAGGAGCAGGCAAGAGAUGGCAUCGAGAGCAUUUCGUUUGUGGAAAGUGCUCGUUGCCAUUUGAACUUGUGGGACAGCCAUACUUCGAGUUUGAGGGAGUACCCUACUGCGAGAAACAUUACGAUGAGCUAGUCGCAGACAGAUGCUACCACUGCAACGUUCCAAUCACUGGAGAUGCUGUGAAAGUGUUCAACAAAGUAUGGUGCGAGGACUGCUUCACGUGCCCGUUCUGUGACAUCAGGUUUACCUUAAAAACGAAGUUUUUCGAGUUCGACAUGCGGCCUGUGUGUAAGCGUUGUUACCUCUGCCUCCCUGACGAGGUGACGGGCAGGCCGAAGAAGCCAACCAUCACCAGUUCUUUCAUGCCUCUCAUCUGUGGAUUUGGGGGCAAGAAGAGAUGAAAAAUGUUCUUAUGAUUUACCGAAGGAACCUUUGUAAGAUAAAGUUGGCCUCAAAUUAAUGUGACAAUCAUGCCUUCACUGUAAAGAUAGGACUGUGCUUAUGUGGCCCACAUUACACUUGUCAUCUGAACUGCGGUACUACACAUCGUAGACUACUAUAAAUUGUCAAGUUCACAUUGGAUCACAUCAGUUUCGUGGCAGAGAAAAGCAGGUGUCAUGCUAGAAUUUCUGUCAGUGUAAAGAGGACGCGAAUCUGUAUUCUACACAUUAGUAGACUACGAAGUGUAAUACUAAUAGUAUUUAUAUAGUCUCAAGGAACAAGUGUAAUGUGGGCCUAAGAAAGAGCCUAGACAUGAAACUUUUCAUAAAAGGAUGUAGACCAAUAUAGCGCCAUCCUCCACAACGUAGUAUUUAGAGACUCUUAGCUUUCUGAAAGUAACAGCAACAACUGAUGGUUUCCAAUCAUUUUAUACUUGUAAAGAGAUUAAUCGUAGACAAAUGUAGCACAUUGUGUAAUGUUAUGUUGCAUGAUUUAUUUGGUAAAUAACAUUGAUGUAAGCAUAAAGCUUGGCCAAAUAAUGUAAAUAAAGAGCUAUUUCAUUUUGUUACAUGUACUUGCAAUUAGCCUUUAGGUACGAGAUUUCAGAGAAAUCUUUCCUAGAAUUUAGCAGAUGCAGAUUUCAAGAUAACAAAUACAUGUAAUGAUACAUUUAGGAGCUGCAACUUUAUUUGUUAGCAAUGACAAGUAAUAAGUACUUUAGGCCAUCGACCUGUGUUGUACUGACAUACAAUUUCUUUAUCACUUGGAUGAUGUACAUUGAAUCUACUUAUUCUAUGGUGAUGGCAGUAAUAUGAUAAUGAAAAUGUGUUUCUAUGUGCAAUUUGCAUUUUUAUUGCAGUGCAAUCUAACAGGAAAAGCGGGAGUUAUAAGAUACACAUUAUACGAUAUCCAUGCCAAAUGAAGAACGUACCUAAAUUAUGACACAUAGACAUGGACUGUUGUCAACAUAAAAUGUGCUUGACAGUACAAAUAAAUAUAUUUAUACGGAGAA